AGAAUAACUCCAAAACAAGAGAACGAUGAUAUUAUUCGUUUUUUGCUAAAAGUAAAAGUUACAAUAACGAGUCCCGCUCGGCGCACGUCAGUCCAUCCACGGGCGUCGCGCAGUCAACAUGAUAAUAUACUUAGUGAUACCGAUAGUGCUCGUGUUGUUGUACAAAUAUGUUACAAGGAACCACGACUACUGGGAGAAACGAAACGUGAAAUAUGAAAAGCCGAUCUCCAUUUUCGGAACUAAUUACGAAAAUGUUGUAGCGAAGAAGAGCAUCAUAGAAAUAUCUAUAGAAAUAUACAACAAGUACCCUAACGAGCCAGUCGUUGGACUAUUGAGAGGAACUACUCCAGAACUGGUGGUACGAGAUCUAGAAAUAGUGAGGAAGAUUCUCAAUGUGGACUUUGCACACUUCUACCCGCGAGGAACAGGCAGAGACCCCAAACUGGAGCCAUUGUUUUAUAAUUUAUUUCACGUUGAAGGGGAUUUGUGGAAAUUAUUACGGCAACGCCUGACUCCAACGUUCACAACUGCUAAACUGAAGAACAUGUUCCCACUUGUAGUAAAAUGCGCAGAAAAAGUGCAGAUUGUCGGUGAAGAUAUAGUCAACCGCGGAGGUGAGUGUGACGUGCGCGACCUCAUGGCGCGCUUUACCAUGGAGUUUAUUGGAGCCUGUGGCUUCGGGAUAGAAAUGGAUACCAUCAAUGACGAACAAUCACUAUUUAAACAGUUAGGCAACAAAAUAUUUAGACCUUAUUUCAGAAAACAGGCUAUUAAUGCUUUAUGUGACCUAUUUCCUGAUUUACAAACAGUUCUUCAAAAAUUACUCCGCGAAUCAGACAUAAUAGAUGCAGUUACAGAAAUUCUUGAAAAAAUACGCGAGCAAAGAAAUUAUAAACCAAUUGGACGUAAUGACUUUAUCGAUCUUCUUUUGGAACUCGAAGGCAAAGGAAAGAUCAUAGGAGACUCUAUUGAGAAAAAUAAAGCGGAUGGGACACCAGAACAAGUGGAAAUGGAAAUGGACCUAACUUAUAUGGCCGCGCAAGUGUUUGUGUUUUUUGCUGCGGGUUUCGAGACCUCAUCAUCAGCAACCAGUUUUAUGUUACACCAGCUCGCUUAUCAUCCAGAAGAACAAAAGAAAAUACAGGAAGAAAUCGACAGGGUGUUGAGUAAAUACAAUAACAAAUUGUGUUAUGAUUCCAUAUCUGAAAUGACAGCUCUGAGUAAUGGCUUUAAAGAAUCCUUGAGGAUUUUCCCUUCGUUGGGAGCUCUUCACAGAAAAUGUGCCAGGAGGUACACCAUACCAGAGUUAAACUUAACACUGGAUCCUGGUGUGAAGAUUAUAAUACCACUUCAAGCCAUACAAAACGAUGAGAAGUAUUUCGACAAUCCCUCACAGUUCAUGCCUGACAGAUUUAAUGACCCCAAUGUAGGAAGACACAAGUACGCGUAUAUGCCGUUUGGUGAGGGACCAAGAGCAUGUAUAGGUGCUCGUCUUGGUGAAAUGCAGUCACUGGCAGGGCUUGCAGCUGUAUUACACAAGUUCUCAGUGGAGCCCGCGGCUAACACAAAGCGUUACCCUGAAGUGAACCACGGGAGUAACAUCGUCCAGUCCAUUAAAGGCGGUUUACCUCUCAAGCUGAGACUGAGAGACAAAAGCAUAAGCUAAACAGCUUUUUUUUUGUUUCUCUAACUUUAGCUGACAUAAUUGCGAGAUUUACCAUCACCAAAAGUCGGCAUAAUGCACACAAAAUAAAACGUAAUGACUUGAACACGA